AAUCGUUUUACAGUAAAAAUACCAUUUUGAGCACAUACCUUUUGCCGCUACGGUAUCCAUGUUUGAGUUACAUACAUACACCAAUCCCUUUCAUGCCCUGGAAAAGCGCACUAACUUUAUUUCAAGGGAUCCAUGAUAUUGCAAUUGAGUUUCUUGAAAGCCUCGGAAGCGUCUACGAAAAACGAUCCCACACUCGUAUUACGUAAAAAGACAAUCGACUCUAAAUCCCAUCGUGUGGUCAAGCAAACAUAGACUCGACGGACCAUCCAAGUUCCCCGACCGCUCUCAUAGUAGAACUCGGAAUAGGGUCGGAAUAUCACCUGUGGCUAGCAUGGUGAGACCUACGUGCAUACGCUUAGCAUACCUAGAGGCGAUAUGCCGCUGACAGCUGAAUAGUCAGGUACUCUGGGGAACGCUAUUCUGUUUUGUAACUUUAGUGUUUCCUACCCCUCUCCGUCGCAUACCGAAGACUUUAGUCCAAAGUCUCUCUCUAUUAGACACCCACCUAACCAGGAGACCAAGUCGUUUAAACCGCAAUCAUGCCUCAACAAGUACCAACGGCAAGCAAGCUACUAGACCUCUUCAGCCUUAAGGGCAAGGUUAUCGUCAUCACUGGCGCCUCCGGUCCCCGAGGGAUGGGCAUCGAAGCUGCCCGGGGUUGCGCUGAGAUGGGAGCUGACAUUGCCAUCACAUACCUGACGCGCAAAGAGGGGGCCGAGCAAAACGUUGCGGGAUUAAUUAAAGAUUACGGCGUAAAGGUCAAGGCUUACAGCUGCGACAUAAGCGACUACAACGACUGCGAGAAGCUCGUCAGCGACGUGUUGAAAGACUUCGGCCACAUCGACGGGUUCAUCGCCAACGCCGGCGCGACAGCAGACGGCGGCGUCAUCGAAUCUACUAAGGAGGCUUGGGACAAGGUCGUCGGAAUCGACCUGAACGGCACGGCCUACUGCGCCAAGGCCGUUGGUCCCCACUUCAAGAAGCAGGGCCACGGCUCUUUCGUCAUCACCUCCUCGAUGUCCGGUCACGUGGCCAACUUCCCCCAGGAGCAGACUUCUUACAACGUCGCGAAGGCCGGCUGCGUUCACAUGGCGAAGUCUCUUGCCAACGAGUGGCGCGACUUCGCGCGCGUUAAUUCCAUCUCCCCCGGAUACAUCUCCACCGGCUUGUCCGAUUUCAUCGAGCCGAAGACCCAGCAGCUGUGGUAUUCCAUGGUCCCCAUGGGCCGACCGGGCGAGGCUAAGGAGCUGAAGGCCGCCUAUGUGUACCUCAUCAGCGACGCUAGCACGUAUACUACCGGCGCCGAUAUAGUGAUUGAUGGAGGAUACACUUGCCGAUAAAUGUGGGGGAAGGCGUGGUUUUAUCGCAUAGACACCUAGAUGACACCUAGAUCUACACUGCAUCUUUGAGAUAGAUUAGAGCAUACUAGAUCAUUGCUUUGGAGUCAGAAAGCAGUAUGCACCAGGUACUAAAUAUGUGCCUGGACAAUAUCACAUUCUUGGUUAGGUAUUGUCACAUUUGUUGUUUUCUAGUGCUUUCCAUUGAUUUAUACUGGAUUCGAAUUCCACUUAUAUACGACGAUAUGCCUUUGUCGAACAAUCUUGCGGUCUAGCAGUUGCUAGGUUGUUUGCCCAUUACUCAGGUUUGGAACCUGCAUGCUUAGGGUGUUGUCAGGCAAUCCCGCCGCAAAAUGAAAAUCAAUCAUAAUAGGCCAUAUGUCCAUUGACUACCUUAGGUAUUAACAGC